UCUGUAGAAAUCUGACAGCCGCACCGCAUCACAAUGCAGCCGGUGCCUGUUUGCUCCUUCAGCGGCGGAGACAUAUUUGACUGUGUACAGAAAGGGAACAUUGAUCAGUGUAUUAAUUUCAUUGAAAGUGAUCGAUCCGUCCUCAAACAAAAAGGCUGGGGCGGUUUCACCCCGCUCCACUACGCUGCUCUUCAUGGUAACCGUGCACUGGUCGACCUUUUCCUCAGUAAUGGAGCUGACCCCAACCUGACAUGUGAUGCAGGACAGACAUCCUUCCAUUUUGCCUGCAGGCAGGGUAACAUCUAUAUCAUCCACCAGAUGAUGCAGUACGGAGCGGAUCUACGCGUCAUAGACUUGCAGGGAAAAUCGUCCCUGCAUCAUGCAGUCACUGGAGGUAACAUUAUUGCAGUGCACUAUUUAUGGGAGACAGGAAUGUUCCGGUUCUCAGAUGCUGACAUGUACCAGGUGACGCCACUUCACCUGGCGGCCUCUACUGGCAACACAGAGAUGAUCUGUUAUCUGCUUAAAGAAGGGAGAUGCGCCGUGGAUGCAGUUGACCAUCAGGGGGCGACGGCGCUUCACGUCGCAGCAGAGAGGGGCGGUGUAGAGGUGUGUUGGAUACUGCUGCAGAGAACAGGAUGCGGGAUGAUCCAUCUGAAAAAUCACAGCGGCCUCACGCCACUGGAUCUCAGCAGACAGGGAACAACAUUUAGACAUCAGCAACUUACCAAGCUCCUGAGUCGGCACAAAACAGAGCCAAUACACUGCAGGCCAAGAGAGUGUCAUGUUUUGUAUUACUGGACACUGUUGUUUCCCACUGUGAGUGGAGCAGCCAUUCUUCUAAUAGCAGCCAUGUUGGGGAGCUACGGCGGACUAAUCUGCUGCCUCCUCUUCCCCUGGCUGGCCAAAAGCAUCUUCUUACAGUACCACCGCAUGACCACACAUUUAAGGUUACCUAACCCUGUCUACCUGGGGACACUUAUAGCUGGGAUGUUCCAUUCACUGCUCUGCUUCUAUGGAAAACUCAUGCCUAGUGUGUGGUCCAACAGUGCUCUGCUGCACGUAACAAUAGUGCACUUCGCCAUAGUCCUCAUUUUGUUCUUUAGAGUUUUGGCGAAGGACCCUGGGACACUGCACAGAGCAGAUGCAGAUUCUCGGCUCUCCUGUAUUGCAGACCUCGUGGAGAACAACCAGAGCCCUCAAAGGUUCUGUCCAUACUGUGAGUUGUUUCAGCCUGACUUCACUAAACACUGUAAGCUGUGUGAGGCUUGCAUCAAAGAGUACGAUCAUCACUGCCUUUUCCUGAACCAGUGCGUGGGUCAGGGAAACCACCGGCUCUUCCUCUUCUUCAUCCUCUCCAUGGUGAUUGCUCACCUUCUGUUCGCUGCCACAGCAGCCAAUUACCUGUUUAAAAAGGUGCCGUCGGGAGGUCACAGUUUGUCACUGUGGCUCACUUUGUUAGGAGAGGAAUUCUGGGUAGCGGUCAUGAUGGUGAUGAACGUGCUGACACUUCUGUGGGAGGUGUGGCUUCUCACGGAGCAGUUUGAAGCAGUCUCCACAGGAGGUACGACGUACUUCAGGAGGUGCGAAAGCUCGGACCGUCGGCGGUCACUUUGGCAACGUUCACUUGUUUUUUUGUCUUUUCUGCUGGACGGACAAAGACGGGUUGGAAAGGUACAAACGGGAGAGGAGAAAACAGCUGUAAUCAUUUAAAAACCAAAACAGCAAUAAUACAUAGAAUUGUAAGAUGGGCAGUUGUCACAUCACAUGAGACUACUGUAAAGAACAUUCUUUGCUGUAAUUUUUUUUAAUAGCAAUGGUAGUAGUCUUGUUUUUAUCAGUUGUUGUAAAAAAUAUUUUAUUGUUUGAUUAUAAUGUUAGCUACUAGUAGUUACACAGUUUUGUAGUUUUUAGAAGAAUCUACUACUGGGUUUUUUUAAAACAGUAUUUUAACAUGAAUGUUUCACAGACUACAGUAUAUAUUAAAUUGAUAUAUUUGUGGAGUUGCAAACUACAAAUACUAAGAGAAGCUAAGAAACAUUUACAGCGUAAAAUGUCAGAGCUGUCUGUUAUUUUUUUUAUGACUAGAACCAGCAAAUAAAACCAUAACAUUUCUUAACCGAUAUUAUGUGAGAUAUUAGUGAGCACUUCUGGCUUAAUCUGACUUAACUGUAAAACCCAUUUCAAAUAUAUGAUCUAUGAUAAAAACAUUUUAAUACAUUCAUAGAUCAACUGUUAUUGUUCCUGCUUCGGCUUAAUGUCCAGAUUUUACUUAAGAACCACGAUCAAUGUCUUCAAAAUCAUUAAUAACUGACUCGACUGUGAUCGUGGUCAUAAUGCAGUGUAACGUAGCAGGAGCAGCAAACGUCUUUGUUCCUAAUCACGGUCAUUAUUUGACCUGCUCACAGCCAUUUGCACCAUGACACUUCCUCCUCUCCCACUAAUGGGACAUGUUCUUAUUUUACCUCCUAAUUACACACACUCAUUUCCUAUGUGUCCUUCAUGACCAUAUUUCUAGAUUAUAGAUGAUACCCCCCAGGGCCCCCCCACACACACACUUCAUUCAUGUGAUACAUCAUUUAGUAACCAUGGAAGUAUCGUUACAGUGUUUCUUCUUCAUGUGUGUCAGUAUUAUUGUGUGUAAUCACCUGUUGAUUUUCCUGACUGACAUAGUCUGUGUUUGUUGACGCUGUUCACACAUUGUUUGUGCCAAAUUGGUGUUAAUGUCAGGGAAUUAAAUAAAAAAACAUUUAACUAA